GCUUGGGUGAAGAUUGGUUAGAACGAUCUUCUCAAUUCUUUUUCACCAACCACCCGUAAUAAUUAUGGAUAACUCCAGUGGUUAUUACGGUCCGCCUUCUUCCUACCAAUCACCUAACCGCCCUCCGUUUCAACCCCACCAAACCUAUCACCCACAUCAGUACCCAUUUGAUAAUACUUACCAAGUCAACAAUAGAUCUGACUACUAUCCCUACCAUGAGGAACCACUAUAUGAUACCCCGUCUAGAAACUUUGGAUAUUCGCCAUACCAAGAUCCUGAUGGGGAUGAUUAUUAUGAACCUCAUGGUGAUCAAGAUGACUAUGACCAAUCUGGGCCUAUGUAUGACAAUCAACCUGAUCCACUCGUCGAAGAAAUAAUAAGAUUAGAACAGAAAAUCUUCUAUUUCGACGAACUUUUAUUCGUUGAAGGCUCUUGGUACGAACCACCUUACUCCCGUGACUACACUUUGUUUGCUGAAGAGCAAAUUGAAGCUAACAAGGUGGCAAUUCGAGAAAGAGCAAAACUUCUUGAAUCAGUCCGGAAAGAAAAGGAGUUCGAGAGGAGAUUAUGCGAAGGAUCAGAAAUGAUGCAGAAAAUGCUAGACGACUUUCAAAGAGUGAGACUAGAAGCAGAGUCUAAAGCCGAUAAAUUAGUCAAUGAUCUCUGUAUGGCUAUUGAACUUAAUUGCUCCCUCCAAUCUCAAGAUCCACAAUUGGAGGAAGUUAAUGCUCAAAAAGAGGCUCUAGAACCUAAGACCAACCCUGAACCAUCCAACCAUCAGGUGCCAGUUCUAGAAGAUUCACCAAGUUCUACACCAUCACAGAAACCUGAGAGCAUAACAACUCUUGCUAGGGCUACUGUGGUGAUGUUACCUGAAUACCCUCCUAGCCAAGUCCUAACCAGCAUAGUCGUACAUGAGGUGGAACCAACUGAGGGACCUGACUCAGAACCACCUACGCUCAUUCAAGAAAAUGAGGAGGAAGUUUUGCCUACGGCAAUAAACGACCAUCUCCUUAAUUGUGUUGAAGACACACCUCCAGAGGAACAUUUUCUGGAGGAAGUAGAGCCCAUUACCUGCCCCCAAGAUACCAAUGUCCAAGUGUCCGAGCAGGAAUCUAUAGACGAGGAAUUAUUUUGCAUGGAAAAGCCAACUCCGCUUAUAGAAACCUGUGUACAUAAUGCUUCAUCUGAAGAUUCAGACCAUAUCUUCUUUGACUCCCUACUUGACGGGUGCGACUAUGUCUGCCCAAACGAUGGUUGGAGCCAAAAGAGUUGGGAUGAACUUCUGGUAAGUGACACUGAAGACGCAUCCAUGGGGGAAAGCAUGAUCAUAAUCAUUCAACCACAAAUGGAUAGUCAGCCUAUUGAAACCAAGGAAGAAGUCAGUCUUGCUAUAAAGGCCAGAGAUGUGGAUCGACUAAGGAGACUUCCGCCACCACCCACCUAUACAAAGUCUCCUCCAUAUAUCCUGUUGCCACCAAGCCGCAGGGAAGAGUCAAGGAUCCUGGACCUUGACCGAGCAAAAAUUCAAACAAGUGGGAGCGAAGAAGAGGUCUCACCUGGGGAAAACACAAGGUUUCUGCAACCUUCGAGGCUUCUUGAUCCAACAGUCCUGGUUGAAGUUGGCUACUAAGAGAAUAUUGACCUUAUCAGUAAAGUGUCUUUUUCUCU